CGUAGUCUGGUCACACUGAGUACAUGUGCUUGUGGUAAUAAUUUCUUCAUUUAUCUGUAAAAUCUUGUAAAAUGGAGGAAUAUGCGAGAGAACCGUGUCCUUUUCGGAUUGUUGAUGAUUGUGGCGGUGCGUUUGCCAUGGGCUGUAUAGGUGGCGGUGUUUUUCAAGCAAUUAAAGGAUUCCGCAAUGCUCCAUCCGGCAUGAACAGACGAUUGCUUGGAAGCUUAACUGCAAUUAAAACCCGCUCACCGGUUAUCGCUGGAAACUUCGCAGUUUGGGGUGGCAUGUUCAGUACCAUUGACUGCACCCUUGUUCAUUUUAGGAAAAAGGAAGAUCCAUGGAAUUCUAUUAUAAGCGGAGCUGCUACUGGAGGAAUUUUGGCUGCAAGAAAUGGUGUUCCUGCAAUGGCUGGUAGUGCAAUAAUUGGGGGGGUUCUUUUGGCGCUUAUCGAAGGCGUUGGAAUUUUAUUCACUCGAAUUUCUGCUGAUCAAUUCCGAAACCCAAGCCCACCUACAGAAGAUCCAGCUGCUCUGGGUGACCCAGUGAAUAAUUUUUCCUUUGGGGGGACACCAAACCAAAAACAGUACCAGUAAACUAUUUUAAUUGUUAUAAAUUAAAUA